AUGCUCCCGCCGGAGCCCACCGCGUCCGCUUCUGGCGACGUGUCGUACUCACACUCGGACUCGGAUUCGGACCACAGGCCGAAGACCCGAGCGACGCCCACGCCGAGGACGGAGGCAAGGAGGCAACAUCCUCAGCGCCCUCCGACGAUCACAAAAGACCUUAACGGAGGUGACGAGUUCGUCUGGGUCGGCCACGCUGCCUACAAUCUUGCUGCAGCCGCCAUCCUCCCUUUCACCGGCCAGCUUGCGGACAUCAUCGGUCACCGUCCAAUCAUGCUCACCUGCUGGCUCAUCGCUGCACGGACGGUGCAGGGUAUUGGUGGGGGAGGGAUCAUCACUUCAGUCCUCGUCCCUUGGGCCGAGCGCGGUCUGUAUCAAGGUCUACUCGUCUUCACCUGGGCAUUCGCGGCUGGUGUGGGGCCCGUCAUCAAGGUUACAUGGAGGUGGCUGUUCUAUCUGAACCUCCCCCUGGCCGGUAUCGCGUUCUUCCUUGCCAUGAUAUCCCUCCGUGUCCGAACUCCAGAAGGCAGUUUGCGCGAAAAGAUAGUGCGCAUUGACCUUGUGGGCAACUUCAUCAUCAUCGCCGGCACGAUGCUCGCGUUGGUCGCGCUCACAUGGGGAGGGAUUCGCUAUCCUUGGAGCUCUGUGCACGUCCUCGCACCACUCAUCCUCGGUUUUCUCCUUAUCUUCCUUUACGAGGCCAUUGCUCUCAUCUGCCCGCAAGGACGUCUCGCCUAUCAGGUCUUCGCCACUGCGUCCGUUCUCUCGUCUUCCGCGAUCGUCUUCGGGGUGCUGGUCAGGGUCAUGAAGAAGUACCGGCCCGUCAACGUCAUCGGCUGGGUCUUCCUCAUCGGCUUCGGUCUGUUUACGCUCCUCAAAGCGGACUCGUGCACCGGCGAGGUCGGCUUCCGGGUCAUUACGACCAUCGGCCUGGGUGUGAUCUGGACGACGGCCGUCUACCCCAUCCUCGCCCCCCUGAGGCCCGUCGCGCGCUCCUUCUCCACGCUCGCCUUCCACACCUUUGCGCGCACAUUCGCGCCGACCCAUCUCCGCCUCCGUGUUCCAAACCGAGCUCAAGGCGACCCUGGCCGCCUACUUCCCCCGCACGUUCCCCGCCGGGGUCGAGAUCGCGUACGCCGCGGUUCCCGCGAUCCACGCGCUCCCCCAGCGGCUCCCCGACGAGGUCCGCGCACCGGGCCCGACGUGCUGGGUAUCGUGCUCGACGCGGCGGGGCUCGUGCAGGGCCAGCGGGUGACGUAG